AUGGGUGCUGCUAGGAGCAGAAGUCGAAACGCACCAAAGGAGAAGUCGGCAGAUGCGGCAGUCGAGAAACAAGUCCCAAAGUAUACCGAUGGCGAAUCCGAUGACUUCGAAUUUGGUGGCUCCCUCGGCGUCACAGCGCUGAUGAUCAGUUUCCCUCUGCUGAUGUGGUACAUGUGGAUUGGUGCGACUUACUACAAUGGCCAACUUCCCCUCCCGGCUGCUGGUCAGACUUGGGGAGAGUUCGGCCGUCACCUGGCCCACCUUGUCUAUGAGGGAGCCUACCCAACGGCCAAAGCCUGGGCGGUCUUCUGGACGUUCUUCCUGGCCGAGGCUGUCAUCUGGUAUGCGACCCUCGCCAUCGCUGCUGCCCUACACCUGACCGGCCUCUUCCCCCUGUACACACUCAUCGACGAGUUCGGGCCCAUCAUGACGGUGGCUAUUAUCUCAGGCUAUCUGAACAGCUUCAUUGUCUAUGUCCAGGCCAUUGUGAGGGGCCGGACGCAUCGUCCUACAGGCUAUCCUCUAUAUGACUUCUUCAUGGGUAUUGAGCUGAACCCUCGGAUCGGGAUCCUGGACUUCAAGAUGUUCUAUGAGGUCAGAAUUCCGUGGUUCAUUCUGUUCCUUAUCACUGCUUCGGUGGCUGCUCGGCAGUAUGAGGACUACGGCUGUGUCUCGGGCGAGGUUGGGUUCCUUCUCCUGGCACAUUUCCUGUACACCAAUGCUUGCGCCAAAGGAGAGCAGCUGAUCAUCACAUCAUGGGACAUGUACUUCGAGAAGCUCGGCUUCAUGCUCACAUUCUGGAACAUGGCCGGCGUGCCUUUCACCUACUGCCACUGUGCUCUUUACCUCGCAAACAACGACCCAUCCGAAUACCACUGGAACCGCUACUCCCUGGCCGCGCUUGUCGUUGUAUACCUCUUCAUGUAUUGGAUGUGGGAUUCGUCCAACGGGCAGAAGAACUCGUUCCGCCAGCAAGAGAGAGGGCAGCUUAUCAAGCGCAACACAUUCCCACAGGUUCCGUGGAUCGUCAUCGAAAACCCCAAGACCAUCGAGACGCAGGCUGGGGACCGCAUCCUUGUGGAUGGCUGGUUUGGUAUUGUGCGGAAGCCGAAUUAUGUCCCUGACAUGUUCUUCUCCAUGUCGUGGGGAUUGAUCACUGGAUUCAAAAGCCCCUUUCCUUGGUUCUACUUCGUCUUCUUCAUGAUCAUGAUCAUCCACCGGGCUACUAGGGACAUUGAGAGGUGCCGCAGGAAGUACGGGGCUGCUUGGACUCAGUACGAGAAGGAGGUGCCAUACCUGUUCUUUCCGUAUAUCUUUUAG